UUGCAGGAUAAAUCCCGCUGGAGCAACCUAUCCAAGUGGAUUGACUCUAAAAAGAUCUUCUGCCCCAAAGUCCACAAUGGACCGCAGGGCAUUCGUAUCCACGUCGCUACGACGGACGAUUUCCGCGCUUUAACUGCGCAUCUAAAAGCUCAAAAUCUGAGCUUUCACACAUACUCCCUCGCGGAGGACCUUAACCUCCGUGUUGUAGUUCGCAGACUCCCUAAAGAUCUCGAAACCGAGCAUAUCUUAAGCGAUCUUAAAUCGCAAAACAUACCAGUCCGAGAAGUGCACAGGAUGCACCACGCGACCGAUAAAAAACGAUAUCUAGAUCUUUGCCUAGUAAUUUUGGACCUGUCUCCGGAGGGCAAAGAAAUAUAUUAUCUCACCCGGAUUUGCAACCUCACGGGGAUUGCAGUAGAGUCCCCGCGCAAUAGGAGCAUCGUUGGCCAAUGCCACCGAUGCCAAUUAUACGGCCAUUCGGUCAGAAAUUGUUUCGCCCGGCCUAGGUGCGUUAAGUGCCUAGGCGAUCAUGGCACACCCGACUGCCCCCGAAUGCCCGAGUCGGAGGGCCCUCCAAGCUGUGUUCUGUGCGGCGAAGGGGGACACCCAGCGAGCUAUCGCGGGUGUAGCAAAGCGCCGCGUAGAAAGCAGAACGGAGGAGCAAUCCGACGCGGGCGAGCGGGCAACUCCAGUAGGUCGCGCCCACGGCAGUCUGCCCCAUCAGUCGCACCAACUUCGGUGCCGCAACCCGCGCCUGCUCAGGCUACAACCAAGCCCGCCCCCGUUAAAGGGACUUCCAGGCAAGGCCCAAGCCCUCCGGUGCCUUCAGCACCUAAACCCAACGCAUGGGUUAAGCCCCCGGCGAUUGUGAGCGCGGCCGCCUCACGGCCAGUGCCUCCUCGCCAGGCCCAGAAGCCCAAACCCGCCCGUCAGACACCAUCCAACAUCGACACUGACCUUUCGUUAGUGUUCAACUUCGCCAGCAAUAUUAAUGUGGCCGAAGUCACAACCUUAGCCCGCAAACUUCUCGAAGCCAAGUCCGUACAAGAUAGGCUCAAUGCUAUUAUUGAGUAUAUCAAUCUUAUCCAAGCGAUAGGUUCGUUCCAGUGCGCCUAA